UCAAAAUACGCUAUAAAGCUUUCCUUCCUCUCAAUGACAGAGCACAGAGGCAGAGACAAACAACCCAACUCUCUCUCUCUUUCUCUCUUUCUCUCUCUGGCAAUGUCUUCCUCUUCCAAAUCCAACAGGAAAAAGAAUAUCAUUCGGAACACAGUAGUAGUGAAGAUAGGGUGUGGCUGUCGGAGGCCAAAGCUCGCUGAUGUGUUCAGGCCAAGGCCUAAGGCUAAAACACCUUCUUCUCAUCAUCACCAGAAACCCAAUGUCCAUGCUUCUUCCUCCACCACCACCUCCUCCUACGACGAUGAAACCACCACCACCACUACCAAUACCAUUACCAAUACCACCGCCUCCUUCUCUCACUAUCUCGACAGUACUACACCUCCCACCCAUUCAGAAGCAGAACAAGAAGCAGCCCAUUACGAUACAAAACCUACAACGAAUUUCUCAGAUGACUCAAAUAUGGUUAAAGGGUUCGGGCGAAUCAGUGAGAGUGUGGCUGUGGUGAAGGAUUCCGACGAUCCCUAUCUCGAUUUCCGGCAAUCGAUGCUUCAGAUGAUUUUAGAGAAAGAGAUUUACAGUAGAGAGGAUUUGAGGGAUCUUCUCGAUUGUUUCUUGCAGUUGAAUUCUCCAUAUCACCAUGAGAUCAUCGUCCGAGCUUUCUCAGAGAUCUGGAAUGGGAUCUUCUCUAUUAAGACGACACCGGUUUCAUCAAGUUCAUCCCAUGGUACUCUGCCCUCGGAAACCACGGGCAAAAUCACAUCUGAGUUCUAGAUGUUGGCACGUGUACUUCACUCGUGUGGACAUUCUCUCUCUACAUGUACAGAUUCUUAGAGAGAAGUAGGAAGUGAGUAAUGGGUUUGGUCAAAAGUCAAUUUGUGUGCAAUGUAAGAGGUGAGUGGGUGGGAAAACCCAAGAAGAUAGACGUUGUGCCCAGAGAGAACCAUGAAUUGGGGCCUUAGGGGGGGAGGAGAGUGAUUUGUUUUGUGACGUUGUGUGUACAUUUUCCAACAUAACAUUUAUUUCUCUGCUUCAUGAUUCUU